GGGGCGGCGGCGGGGAGCAGCAGAAAUUGGCCUGCAGUAUGAAAAUCAUGACUGCUACCUACCCUGGCUAAAGGUGCUCUGCGAAUGGUAGCAUUUUAGUCUAUUAUUGGAUCGGUUACCUUUCUGUAUGUCAGCUCUGAGGCCACCAUGAGUGAUUCGCCCCUGCUGUUCAUGGCUGGAUCACGCACUGUUGAAGAGCAGAGAGCUCGCUGGGAGAGAAAGCGCAGCCGGACAGCCAAGGAGCUGCUGGAAACAGAACACAAAUACCUCGAGCAGCUAGAUUUGGUGGUCACAUUCUUUGUGAAAAUUUUAAAGGCCAAAGGGACGCUGAAACCUGCUGUGUUGGAAACCAUAUUUGGACCCCUGGAAUCCAUAUAUUCAGCCAGCCAUGUUCUGUCGCUUCACCUGGAGAGAGGGAAUUUGGGACCAGGAUUGGAAAAUUUCUGUCAGAAUGUGGAGGUUUAUGGCCACUAUGCUGAGAAUUCAGAGCAGGCAAAUAAAACCUUGAAGGAGCAAUUGAGGAAAAACAAGUCAUUCCGACGGUUUAAGAAGCUCCAGGAGAAUCGACCUCAGUUUCAAGGGAGGAAGCUAGAGGAUCUGCUUCCUUUGCCCCUGCAGAGGUUGCACCAGUACAAACAUUUCUUCAGAGACCUGCUGGAGAACACCAGCCCAGACAGCGCUGAGUACCAGAAACUUGCAAAAGCUGUGAAAUCUGUAUCUGAGGUAUCUUGCUGGGUCCAAGACAUCAUUCAUCAGAGAGAGAACUCAUUGCAGCUACUUCGGGUUCAGAAACUGCUGAAAGGACAAAAGACCCAGAUUUUGACUCCAGGGCGCUGGUACAUCCGGGAAGGCUGGCUUUUGGUGGUGCCUUCAAAGGGAGAAGAACUGAAGCGCAGGAUGUUCUUCCUUUUUUCCGAUAUCUUGAUUGCAACAAAGCCCUGCCACCCGCUGCACCCACUAAACUCGAACAAACUGGCGUGCCAGGCUGUCUACCCGCUUCACCAGUGCGUGGUGGACAAAGUGUUUGGCCACACACGGAGCCAGGGAGGGCUCCUCAGUCUUUCCUUUCCACACAAGACGCUGUUGUUGAUGUCCAGCGACCAACAAGAUAUUAAUGACUGGUAUCGGAGUCUCACAGCUGCAGUCAGGCAGCUGAAAGCCUGACCCACCUGAGCACAAGACAGACUGCAGGACCACUACCCCUCCUGGUAGAAGCCUACACCAUAUUAGGAAAUGGUCAAGGACAUGUAAGAGUUGCAUUUAGAGGGACAACACACUGUGCUUGUGAGAUUAUAAAUGCUUUGUCAGCUGUCCUAACCUUAAUACAGAUAUUGCAAAAAACAGAGGUGUGCACACUAAGGAUUUGUAUAUAAAGUCUGUAUCAAGACUUUCCUCCAACCUGGCUUAGAGGCUUCCAGCUUUUCUACACCUUUUUUUUUCCCCUCAGGUUAUUAAUUUAACAACAAGUAGAAGAGAGCCUGCCUUGCUUUCUCUCAUUAAAUGUUUUUAUCCAACUGCCUUUCUAAA